CGCCGCCGCCGCUGCGGCGGCGGCGGAGGAUCGGGUCACGGCGGCGGCGUCGGUGCCGGUGAGCAUACCGGACUGGUCGAAGAUACUCCGGGAGGAGGAGCACUGCGGGGGCGAAACGCGGAGGUGGGAGGUGGGCGAGGACGACGAGGAGUGGGGCGAGGGCGCCGGGGCCGUGAUCCCACCGCACGAGCUCCUGGACCGGAACCGGGCCGCGUCGUUCUCGGUCCACGAAGGGGUCGGCCGCACCCUCAAGGGCCGCGACCUGAGCCGGGUUCGCAACGCCAUUUGGGAAAAAACCGGGUUCCAGGACUAGAUAUCAUACCAUCCUUUUUUUUUUGUCUCUUUAGGAAUGAGAUCCUACCACAGAGAGACUACUAUCCAUCUCCUAUUCGAACUCGG